GGAAGCGUCCACCUGGUCCACGGGCGCUGCCCCUGCCUGUGGAGCAAUCCCACAAAUAAAUUCAUUCCCGGACAUUUUUUUUUUACCAACUUGGCAAAAUCAUCAAAAAGCUGCAGGAAGCGAAACUUCCUCCAAAACAAACUCAAGGAAGAAACCAGAGAAACUGAUAAUUAAUUGUCCCGCGGCGGAUAAAACAAUCGAAGCCCGGGCAGGGUUGGGAAACGCCGGGGAUGUCUCAACCCUCCUCCCUCGGGCGAUCCCGGGAUGGGAUAAAAAGCUCCCGGCUCCCAAUUCCUCCCAUCCCAGCUCCGAAUUCCUGAGGUUUCAAUUCCUCGGGAUUCUCCUCCUCGGGGUCUGACCCAUUCUCCAUCCCGUCGGUCUCCGGCCUCGUCGCAGCCCCAUCCCCGUUGGCAGAAGAUGUUUUCCUCCAGGCAGAGCUCCAGCUCGCGCUGCCUGGCGCCCUGCGGCGUCUCCUGUCCCCAGCCCUGCGUGGACGCCUGGAGCCAGCCCUGCGUCACCUCGUGCGGGGACUCGCGGGCUGUCAUCCACCCCCCGCCCGUGGUCAUCACCUUCCCGGGGCCCAUCCUCAGCUCCUGCCCGCAGGAGAGCCUGGUGGGAUCCUCGGUGCCCUGCCUGGGAUCCGGAAACUUCCAGGGAUCUGGAAAUUUCCUGGGAUCCGGAAGCUUCCUGGGAUCCGGAAACUUCCUGGCAUCCGGCGCUUCCUACGGCUCCUACGGUUAUGGGAGGUCCUACUCGUCCUACGGAUCCUCUGGAUUUGGGUCUGGGAGCUGCAGGCCCUGUUAAAGAUCCGAGAGAUGAGCGGGAAGGAGCAAAGAGCCGCCACGGAGCCUCCAGAGAUCCUGGAGCAUCCUCAGCCCCGCCUCCAUAAAUCCCAACAAUUCCUGGAGCAUCCUCAGCCCCGCGCUUUUCACGCAAAUUCAUUUUUGUGCAAAUUCCUUUUCAUGCAAAUUCCGUUUUCCUGUGGAAAAUGAGCAGAACCCACGGGAACUGCUCAGAAUCCAUCAAAAAUGUUCAGAAUCCUUGAGAACUGCUCAGAAUCCAUGGGAAAUGCUCAGAAUCCAUGGAAAAUGUUCAGAGUCUGUGGGAACCCCUCCAGCAUCCAUGGAAUCUCCUCAGCAUUCCUGGGAUCUCCUCAGGACCCCUGGGAGCUGCCGUUCCUCUCCCCCUCCUCUCAGUUUUCUCCAGAUUUGCCUUUUCUCUCCUCAAACCCCAAAUUCUUCACUUACGCCCCACCCACUCCUCACAGAAUUCCGGGAAUUUGUCCUUGGAUGGGUUUAAUUCUUUGGGAUCGGGAAUUUUUGCCCAUUGCAGGAUUUUCCUUGGACACCUCUGUGUCCAACAGGAGCAGCCUCGCCUGGGAUCUGCCCAGGCCCUUUGAAACGUGGCCCAAGCUGGAAAAAUGUGAUGAAAAUUAUUUGUUUUAAUUAAUUGUUUGGAUUAUUAAUUUCGAUCAAAGGCACCUUGUGUUUUUUCUGCUUUUAUAUCAAUAAACUCCU